GGAAAGAUACGCAUACCCCAAUGGGCAUACCCCUAGUAUAGUAUUGUUAGUACUAGCAAACCAUAAUAAAAUGUUGGUUAGCGUCGUAUCGCAUAGAUCCAGCAUGUCUGAGGCAAAUGGCAGCUCACCCGCACCCGCCGCCGAGGCGCCCACCGCGGAGCUGGCACAGAUGGCAUUGGAGGAUAGCACUCCCAAAGUGACUUUCAGCGAUCAGUUUAAGGCUUUCUCCAAGUUUGGCGAUACCAAGUCGGAUGGCAAGUUGAUAACGCUCUCGCAGAGCGACAAGUGGAUGAAGCAGGCCAAGGUUAUUGAUAAGCAGAUUACCACCACCGACACUGGCAUACAGUUCAAGAAGCUCAAGGCUAUGAAGGUCACCAUAACGGAUUAUAAUAAAUUCCUGGACGAUUUGGCCAAGACGAAAGGUGUGUCCAUGGCGGAGAUUAAGAAAAAAAUGGCCAAUUGCGGUGCUCCAGGUGUCAUUAGUGUAUCCGCUGGCAAAGCAGCUGCUGCUGUGGAUCGCUUGACGGAUACCAGCAAGUAUACGGGUUCGCAUAAGGAACGCUUUGAUGCCACCGGCAAGGGCAAGGGCAUUGCUGGCAGACGCAACUUGGUCGAUGACUCCGGCUAUGUUAGUGGCUAUCAGCAGAAGGAUACCUAUGACGGCGCUCACUAAGCAAUCCCAACUUUAAUAGCAUUUUGUCUCACCUUAACUGAUCUUUAAACUUAUUUAUGUUCACAAGAAGUUUGUGUUGUGCUUACAUUUCCUUUCCUUUUAUGUUGCUUAUAUAAACUAAGUU